GCCUAAUUCUCCAUCUGACCUCAUUCUUCAUCAUGAGGAUAUCUGCAAGGCUUGAUGAAACUUUAAUUGACGCUGCACGUUUUAAAUCCUAGCAUCGACUCUCAGCAAGCCAAUGGGAAUAUCCCAUGCACUAAUAAUCCAACCCGUUCUACCCGUGAAGAGGAUCCCUACGCAAGAUGACCGAGGAAAAGCCAGCAGUAUGGAUUAGUUCCAUAUGCUGCUCGCUGAAAGCGUAGCCUGCUAUCGUGUAUAAAAGUCCGUACUUCCUUCGGAAUGCUGGAGAGAUUCUCAUCAUUAAUACCUCUGGUGUUUUAACUCACUCUUCUCCUUCUACAAUGGCUAAAAUUAGUUUAACUUGGACGCUCAUUAUCAGUGCCAUCCUUGUCUGCAUCCAAAUCAUGAUGCAUUCUGUUGAUGCUAUAGUAGCCAAACGUCGCUGUCGCAAGUCUUCUGGCUCUUGUAAGUUAUUCUUUUAUAUUGAACCCGUCGUUUCUUUUUCGGCAGGAUUCGAGCUGCGAAGAUAUCUGAAAGCUGCUUUUCCGAAAUUGACGCACAGAAUCCAAAUCUCCAAUCCUCGUCCUCCAGGAAGGAGUCAAUAUUAAAGGUUUUUGCUGAUAUCAACAACUCAGUGGAAGAUGUUUCCUGGAUAUAUACUCCUGGAGUCGAUUGCUACAACUGCGAAGUGAAAACUGUCCAAGCAGCCAUCCAAAAUCACUUAGAUACCCAAGACACGGCGAACAAGAUUUCCUGCACCCAGUGCCUCGACCUUAGUUACUCGGUUUCUUGGACUGGUCAUCUUCUCAUUGGCCCAACGGCGGGUUUUAACAGUACGAUGUAUUGUGGUCCACAACUCUCUUCCUACCAAGAAGGUGGUUCGAAAUUCCACUUCCCUCCAGCAAAUGGUCGAAAACUUGGUCCAAAAUUCUCUUCCCUUCCAGCAAGUGGCCCAAAACCAACUACCAUAAAGAUUGAUCGUGUUGAACUUUAAGUGUCUGCUAAGCGUGUACCAUGGGACUUGAAGGAAUUGUAGUUGGGGGCUCGGAAUAGUAGAUUUUGAUAUGCUGGAUGGGGGCGCGUGUCUGUGAAUGAUCCUGGCGCUGAUAGGUUUCGUCGAUGAUUUGCACGAAAGCCUAACUUGUUAGGUCACUUAGGUGGGACGAGGACUGCGUUGUGGGUCAAGAUUGAUGUUUUCCUUUGGGGAUUAGAUGGACUUACUCGGUCGCUUAGAGUGUGAUAGACUUAUGAGCCCCAAAUAUCUAAUUGGCUGAUCAUCUGGAAGUGAAAUUUCUACAAGUGUGAUUCGUGAAUAGUCCCUGCA